CUUCCAUGUAAUUUCCAUCACGCUGCUCUUGUUUUGCAGCACUCUCUUUACCAGAUCAUAGAAGCGCCCACAAUGGGUCCAGCAGAAAAGCCGUCUCUUUCAGACGCCCAACCUACCCAUCUCAUCGCCCACGAUGUUGAAUUUCUUGCAAGCACUGCGUCAGAACCACCGAGCGAACUACCUGAGAUUCGAACGCUCAGAGGACUCAAGUGGUUUCUUGUUGUACUCAGCAUCUUGUCGAGCGUGUUGCUCUAUGCUCUGGACAACACCAUCACCGCCGAUGUCAUUCCCGUCAUUGUGAGAGACAUGGGUGGAAUAGACAAGUUGCCAUGGCUCUCAGUCUCGUUCAUGAUCGGAGGCGUCUGUUCUGUACUCCCCUUCGGCAGCAUGUACGCCCUGUUUGAUGCAAAGAAGCUGUACAUCACUUGCAUUCUUCUCUUCUUGAUCGGCUCCGCUGUGUGCGGUGCAGCGCCGAGCAUUGACGCUUUCAUUGUCGGUCGUGUCAUCGCUGGCAUUGGCGGCAUCGGGAUCUACCUGGGCGUUAUGACAUUGUUGUCAUGUAACACGACCGGCAAGGAAAAGCCCAUGUACUUAGGGCUCGUCGGCCUUAUCUUCGGUAUCGGAAAUGUCAUCGGUCCUCUCAUUGGUGGCGCAUUUGCUGAUUCGAGCGCAACAUGGCGAUGGGGCUUCUACAUCAACCUCUGCUUGAUCGGCCUGCUGAGUCCAGUCUAUCUCUUCCUCAUUCCAAGCUACAGGCCACAGCCUGGGCGAACCAUACUCGCCCGCUUUGCACAGAUCGAUGCACCUGGUACAGUCCUCAGCAUCGGAUGUCUUGUCUGCCUGGUCAUGGGCGUCAAUUUUGGAGGCACCCUCUAUGCUUGGAAGAGUGCGGCAACCAUUGUGCCGUUCGUCCUCGCUGGGGUUCUUCUUGCAGCAUUCGUUUUCCAACAACGAGCGACAUUUCUCACCCCCAAGACAACUCGCCUAUUUCCGGCCACGCUUCUCCGGGAUCGAGAAGCAAUUCUCCUGUUCGUCUUGACAGCUACCUUCAACUCUGCCGGCUUCAUCCCAAUCUACUAUAUCCCAACGUACUUUCAAUUCACACGAGGCGACUCGCCGCUCCAGUCUGGUGUGCGUUUACUCCCGCUCAUCAUCACAAUCACUUUUAUGAUCAUGGUCAACGGCAGUUACUUGUCCAAAGGUGGAUACUAUAUGCCAUGGUUCCUGGCUGGCAGCUUGCAGGUGCUAGUCGCUGGUGUUCUCUUCUCAUUCAUUGACGUCAAUACAUCAAUGGCACACAUCUAUGGAUACUCUGUCCUACUCGGCAUAGGAUCUGGAUGUGGCAUGCAGUCUGGAUUUUCUGUCAUUCAAGCGAUUACAAAACCUGAACUCAUGUCAUCGGGUAUUGCGUUCAUCAUGAUUGCUCAAUUGCUCAGUGUUUCUCUAGCCUUGUCGAUCUGUGGCACAAUAUUCGUGAACACCGCCCUCGAAAGCUUGCAAUCACUGCUCGUCGACUACUCAAGGACAGAACUCCAAGCAGCCUUACUCGGUCUGAGUGGAGAGUUUCUGGCAUCCCUAGACUCCACGCAACGUGCCCAAACCCUCAGUAUCAUCGUUGAGUCGAUGGCGAAAGUUUUCAUCCCCGUCUAUGUCGCUGCUGCUGUCGGUAUUGGAGCUUCGCUUGGUCUGAGAAUGGUCAAGAUGACGCCUGCUGUCGCGAUGUGAGAAGACGUCAAUCGAUGAUGGCUGGAUCACGCGAUUUACCUUCAUGAUUGCCCGAGUACGAAGCACCUGGAGUCUUAGAGUGUCAUAGCUUAGAGUGGACUUGUGGUGUGUGCAUUGGUUUCAAAAGUAUACUUUCUUACUCCGAGGAGAGCCAAACCUGACUCUGAAGUCAUAAAUCACGAAUUUAUAUGCAUUCGAGAAUGAAAGCGAGCAAGCUCAACUUCAUUUCGACCUGAAAUGGGUAUCGUGGCAUGCUCACCUUCUAAAUGAACAUGACUGGCAGGAACUGUGGACGGAAUUCCGCUUAAUGAUAAAUGUAUAAGAUAUGUGACAUACUUCUGCUUGGAUUGACUCGUGACUUAGCAUAUAAGGUGUCACUUUCGGCAAAUGCUAUCAUGGCAACAUCUUGAUUGAAAAUAUCAAAAACAAGAUAGCGGCACAAGUUGCCAACAUAGGUUCAACAUAUCAACAUUUUUAGAGAG